AACUGCGACUAAAACCAACAGAAGAAGAAGCCAUUUCGGAAUGCUCCUUCAGAUCGAACGUUACCUUCCUAUAAAACAUCAUUUGGAACGUAGACUACUUAGUGCGCUCACGAGAGGGAGAGGUGACCGCUCCAGGGGUGGACAUGUCAUUCCCUAUUUGAAAUUAGAAAGUUAUAAGGAAAUCAUAAAGGCAACAAGGACAAGGAGGUGGUGGAUGCUCUCAUUUACAAGUUCAGCUGGUAUCUGAGGUGGGUGCGGAGGUUGCUGAUCGGGAGUUUGAGGCUCUGCUGUCUUCGCUGUCUCAUCCCCCGUCCUUCACCUGCGUGCGAGUGAACACUCACCUGGCCCCACAGCAGCAAAUCCAACACGCACUGCAGCAAGAGCUCACAGGGCAGCAACUGUGUGGUUGUCAUGGCGAGGAUGCAUCACUUGUGCCUCUGCCACAUCCACAACUUCCAGAUGUCCUCCUGUUACCCAUCAUUGGACCCAGGUACACACACACACUUCCAGAUGUCCUCCUGUUACCCAUCAUUGGACCCAGGUACACACACACACACACUUCCAGAUGUCCUCCUGUUACCCAUCAUUGGAUCCAGGUACACACACACACACACACUUCCAGAUGUUCUCCUGUUUCCCAUCAUUGGACCCAGGUACACACACACACACACACACACACACACACUUCCAGAUGUCCUCCUGUUACCCAUCAUUGGACCCAGGCAUGUGUGUGUAUUGGACUCUGAGGUGGUGGUGGGUGCGCAGUGUGGAAGUUCUGUUCUGAGAGGGGCACAUGUCUUUGCUCCAGGGGUCUUGAGUGCUCCAAAGACUCUGCAGGUUGGUGAUAUGGUGUCUGUGUUUUCUGAUGUCGAGAACAAGUGCACCCGUGGAGCGAAAAGCUUUGAGGGACAGAAGGUGUUUCUGGGAAAUGGAGUUUGUGAGAUGAGUCGGUCUGAAGUGUUCUGCUCUAAAGGGCUAAUGAGGGGAGUGGCUGUGAGGAUGACCGAUCGUUUGUACAUCACUCCAUGUUUUGACAGAGUUCUGCCACAUCUAGUGUUUCUGCAGAACUUGCCCUCUGUGUUGGUGAGUCAUGUGUUGGGCCCGCGGUCGGGAGAGUGUGUGUUGGACAUGUGUGCUGCACCUGGAGGGAAAACCACACACAUCGCCACCCUGAUGAGGAACCAGGGAGUGGUAGUGGCGCUAGACAAGAUCCGGUCCAAAGUGGAGAAGCUCCGUGAAAAUGCAGCCAAUCAGCAACUGGACUGCAUCCAGGCCUUCUGCUGCAACAGCAUCCAGGCCGUUGCCACGGGGACCAGCCCCAGCCAGAAGAGCAUGUGGGAUGGAGCUAACGGCCCCCCGUUCCCCGAGGGGAGUUUUGACCGGGUGUUGUUAGACGCUCCCUGCAGUGGCCUCGGCCAGAGACCCAACAUGGCCGUCAGCAGCAGCCUGAAGGAGAUCCGAUCCUACCAGCCGCUACAGAGGAAGCUCUUCAACACGGCAGUGCGUCUGCUGAAGCGGGGUGGAGUGCUGGUGUACAGCACCUGUACUGUCACUCUGGCGGAGAAUGAGGAACAAGUGGCCUGGGCCCUCAGAACCUUUCCAUAUCUAACACUUCAGCCUCAGGAACCCAACCUCGGAGAGCAGGGCAUGCUGGGAGCUGGACUGUCACAUGACCAGAGACGGCUCCUCCAGCGAUUCCACCCACGGAUGAAAGAAGGCGGAGCCUCGGGUGGCCACGCCCCCAUGCCCUGCCUUGAUGAUGCAGACUCAGACACCAUUGGUUUCUUUAUUGCCAAAUUCUUUAAGAGCUGAUCCACGCAACACACUUGCCACACGCGUACAUAAAAACAGACUGUCAUCAAUGAUGUGGCAACUAAGAAAGUGCAUUAAAAACUGGUGGUUGAUGGUCA